AUGAGUAUAGCUGCAUAUGCGUAUGAAGCUGACAGAGCUAAACGUUUAUAUUUUGGUCAAUACUCUCUCACACUUACUGACAAAUAUAUUGUUAUUUCUGAUGGAAAUACUGAGAAAUAUAUAACAUGGAAGGACUAUGAAAAGUUUGACCCUAUUUUAACUCCAUGUACUAUGCCUUUCAUUGUAAAUGGUGAAGUUGUCAUGAAGAACGACACAACUGUUUAUAGGUCUGUAUAUGAAGCUCUUGAAAGCAUUCUUAACUUCAAUCCUUCAGGGUUCGAUACAAAAACAACUCCUUCGACAAUGCCAUUCAUUGUAAAUGGUGAAAUUGUGUCAAAAAAUAAUGAAACAGUGUAUAAGUCAGUGUAUGCGGCGCUGAACUAUAUGCUUCAUUUCAAUCCUUCUGGUUUUGACCCACAAAUAACUUCAUGUACUAUGUCAUUCAUUGUAAAUGGUGAAAUCGUCAUGAAGAACGACACAACUGUCUCAAAGUCUGUUCGUGAUAUUUUAGACUACUUGCUUCAUUUGGGUCCUACAGGAUUUGACCCAUAUACAACUCAAUGUCAAGUACCAUUCAUAAACGACUCAGCAGAAAUAAAACUCAAAACGUCAACAGUAGAUGAAGCAAUUGCUGACUCAUUGACAAAACUUCUUGAUAUAAUAAUGAGGUUCAAUACAUUCAAAACAACAUAUGAAACCUUUAAGAAAAAUUAUGACGAUUUCUUUAAAAUUACAUACAUCGAGCCUUCUGCUCCUCAAACACCAGACUAUGCAUGCCUUAAAAUAAAGCUGGCAAUGAUGUUUUAUCUCCAUCUUAUAACAAUGCAGCAAAAAAGACUUUUCGACAAACUGAACCGGGAGGAAAUCAUGUCCAUACUUUCACAACAAAUCCAACAGGCUCGGGUGCAGAUUAUAUGCCACCAUUUGUGA